AGGAAGGUUUAGGGUUCGUUCCCCGAACGCCUCUCCUCGUCGCCUCCUUCCUCCCGCCGGCGGAACUCAUCGGAGCGGCGACGCCCCCACGUGGCAACCCUCGAGCGCAAACCCGACGAUGCGGCACGAGCUCCGACUGUUUGCGGGCCAAAGCGGUGAGGUGAUGGACACGGCGAACGAAGGCGGUGGCGGGAGCAACGGCAAGUCGGCCUCAGGGUGGCGGGCGGAGGAGGCUGUCGCGGGCAACCGCAGGGCGCUCCAGGCCCUCCGGGAGCUCGUGACGUAUCCCUUCCUCUACGCCCGCGAGUCCCGCCUGCUCGGCCUCAAGUGGCCGAGAGGUUUGCUGCUCCACGGCCCUCCUGGCACCGGAAAGACAAGCCUGGUUCAAGCUAUUGUUCGAGAAUGCAAUGCGCACCUGAUAAUGAUAAAUACGUAUUCUGUACACAAAGCCAAUGUGGGAGAGGGAGAAAAGUUCCUGCGUGAAGCCUUUUCUGAAGCAUAUUCUCAGGCUUCACGGGGUAAACCAGCUGUGAUAUUCAUUGAUGAACUUGAUGCCAUAUGUCCAUGCCGCAAUAAUAGGAGAGAGAAUGAGGCCCGCAUUGUUGGCCAGCUUCUUACUCUGAUGGAUGGAAACAAGAAAUCAUCAAAGAUGCUUCCUCACAUAGUUGUUGUUGGAUCGACUAACAGGGUGAAUGCUAUUGAUCCAGCAUUGAGAAGAGGAGGACGUUUUGACUCAGAGGUAGAGGUUACUGUUCCUACUGUUGAAGAACGGCUGCAGAUUCUUAAGCUUUAUACCAAGAACCUACAUCUUGAUGAAAAUGUCGAUCUUCAAAUGGUUGCUGCAUUCUGCAAUGGUUAUGUUGGUGCUGAUUUGGAAGCUUUAUGUCGAGAAGCUGCCAAGCUUGCAUAUCACAGAAUGUUGGACAUGGGUGAGAAUGUACUUAAACUAGUAAUGGAGGACUGGGAGUCUGCUAGAUCUAUGGUAAGUCCAAGCAUAACAAGAGGGGUAACCAAAGAAAUUUCGACUGUUACAUGGGAUGAUAUUGGAGGCUUGAAAGAUCUAAAGAAAGAGCUUCAGAAAGCUGUUGAGUGGCCCAUCAAGCGUGCUGCUGCAUAUGGCAGACUUGGGAUACCACCAGUCCGGGGGGUACUUUUGCAUGGUCCACCAGGGUGCUCGAAGACUACCCUUGCAAAGGCUGCAGCGCAUGCUUCUCAAGCUUCUUUCUUUUCUUUGAGUGGCGCAGAAUUAUACUCAAAGUAUGUUGGAGAAGGUGAAGCUCUGUUACGAAGAACAUUUCAGAAGGCUCGUCUUGCUUCUCCAAGCAUUAUAUUUUUUGAUGAGGCUGAUGCAAUUGCCCCCAAAAGAACUGGCCCUGGUGGGAACUCUAGUGGUGGUGUCACAGUUGGAGAAAGACUUUUGUCAACUUUGUUGACUGAAAUGGAUGGUUUAGAAUUGGCUAUGGGAAUUAUUGUAUUGGCUGCUACUAAUCGCCCAAAUGCAAUUGAUGCUGCGCUUAUGCGUCCAGGGCGUUUUGACAAGGUCUUGUAUGUUCCGCCGCCAGAUGUGGAAGGGCGAUAUGAGAUACUACGCAUCCACACACAGAAAAUGAAAUUGGGGGAGGAUGUAGAUCUUUGGAAGAUCGCAGAGUGUACCGAGCUGUUCACUGGUGCUGAUCUUGAAGGCCUUUGCAGGGAAGCUGGUAUGGCAGCAUUGAGGGAAGAUAUCUCUGCAAGUUUCAUUCGUAACACACACUUCCAGACUGCCCGAAGUUCAUUGAGACCCUCCCUUACAAAAGCAGUAGUUGACGAGUACUCAAAUGCAGCUAUCAAUGAUCCAUCAACUAGGAAACAUUAGGAUUUUCUUCAUCUUCCACUUUGUUGUGCAAGAAUAUUCUAGACGAUCCACAUCAGCAUAAAAUGCAUUUGAUGUUUGAAAAGUUUCAGUUCUUUAUUUUUCUUGGAAACAGAAUGCAUAUGCAUUGUUAUUUUGCUGCUGCAGUUUCAUUUUUGUGUGCAUACAUCACUGAUCUUGUUGUACAUGCACCCUGUAAGUGUCAUGGUCAGUUCAGCAGCAUUGAUGUAAUUUUGUUUGUGAGAUCAUGAGAACUUAUUUAUGAAGAUCACAAGGAAUCUGUUAUUACU